UAAAGAUGUCGGUUACUGAUGCAAAAUACAGCCGCGGAAAAUGACAGUUCUGGUGAAAGUCUUUUGCGUGUGUAAAAUUAGAUAGUUUUGUACAUUUUGUUAAUUAUUUGAUAUACUAUUACAAGAUUGAAUAAUGGCAUCUGUACCAGCACCCACGAAACCUCCUCGAGGUGUGAAAAACCCGAAGGAAAACAGUGGAAGCUUUCUGAUGAAUGUCAUAAGAACUCUAUCGACCAGUGAAUCAAAUGAGCAGAGAGAUAAAGAAAAGGCAAAACUUGAAAAAGAUUAUCAAAAAUGUGAUAAAGAAUUGGAUGAACUCAUUUCACAGCAUGAUCGAGAUCUUGCACAAGUCAUGCAGAGUUUUGCCCGAGUGUCACUGCUGGUCAAUACGUCUCGAGCUAAGAUAAGCAGUGUGAAGGAGAACCUGCUUGCAUGUAAGACUCUGCUCAGUUGUCGCAGGGAUGAGCUGAAGAAGCUGUGGUUGGAAGGAAUUGAACACAAGCAUACGCUGCAGUUGUUGGAAGAGAUAAGUCAGCUGAAAGAGGUGCCAGCACAGCUGUCUGCGCACUUGGCUAAGAAACACUACCUGCAUGCUACACAGGUGCUGGUGUCAGCCCUGGCACUGGGUGGAUCCACUCUAGAAGACGUGGAGGCACUGCGUGAGUUACGGAACCAACUGGAAGCCAGUAAACAGCAACUAUACAGUAAACUGCUGGAGGAACUGACUAGGCAUAUAUAUGUCGAGUCAACGCAAGAACUGCUCACAAUGAGACUCUAUCGUCAGGGAUCUAUGAGAGAGAGGGAGUCAACUCCCAGCUCGUUCGACAGAUCAAGGAGAGAACUCACUCCUGUUGGUGUCACUAAGAGAGAAUCCUUCCGGUCGAAAAAACGCCUAGACUUCUCCAAUUGCCUGAAAAAUGAAAGGUUGACUCCUGGGAAAGUGACAGAGGAUGUGGAUGCCAUCAAUCCUGAGGAGGAUAGUGAACACUUCAUGUCCAUCUUGGUUGAGUGUCUUGGGCUGCUCAGCAAGUUGCCCGAGUCUGUGGAGAGCCUGAAAGUGGACAUGCAGACUGAGCUGCUAAGGUUAGUGGAGCGGACCACCAAGUCUGUUGUCCCAACCGAAUCAGCAACACCUCUUGCGGACCUGUUGGUGCUACUCAUGGAACAGUUCCGUGCUAUUGUAGAUGCUCAUAGAGUAGUUCUUGACCAGAUCCGCCGCACUGCAAUCUCUCACCGGGUCCAGGUCAAUGUCUAUGAUCUGCCUGAUGUCUGGGCCAGGAUUCAGGCUGUGAUGCAGCUUCUGCUGACAGAUUACUUGGAUAUCCAGAACUCUGUGAACGAGGCUCAUCAGAUGCCAUCUGCUUUUUCUGAGCAGUCUUCCAAUAUUUCAUCGUACUUUGCACGGAGACGACAGACAUCCAGGUCAAGGAGAACUCCUCUUUUCAAAUUUGAGAACUCUUCACAUGCACUCACUAUAAAUAGUUUGAUGAAGGAACAAUCUACUGCUAUACCUGGAUUUAAGAAAGUAGGAGACACCUCUCAACGUGAGAAGAUUCUUGUGUGUCAACCAGACCCCAAUAAUAUUACCCUUAUCUUCAUUCCCCUCAGUAAGUUCCUGCGAGAAAUAGAGGAUGCCAUGGGUUGCUCACCGGGUAACCCCUGCACGUUAAAUGCGUUCAUUUCUGACUACAUUAAGGACACAUUCGUGCGGCGACAGCACGCCAAGAUGGCGGCGAGGGUGGAGGCUGCGACCAAAUGUCAGGAGGCCUGGAAAUUCCCAAUCAGUCCAGAGCGGUCAGCAGAGCUGGGCUUGCCCCGGCCAUUGCUGCACAGCACAGUCCUAGUGGAGGAGAGUGUACAGGAGACUCAUCGCUUGAUGGAGGCGCUGCCAUCACAUGCCGGAGCAUUACUGGGUGUCAGUGUCAACGUGAUCCAUGGUUACCGUGAGACCUGUCAGGCGGCAUAUCGUGGCAUUGUGCAGCCCCACCCGGAGGACAAACGGGUCUGCAGUGCUGCCUGGCUCAAUGAUGAUGAUAUCAGCCGCUUCCUCAAGUCUCUACCAAACUGGACGAAUCUAAAGGCGCAGAAGACAAUGCAGGGAAGGAAGUCAAUGAAGCGUGAUGACACAGUAGAGGAAGAGAGCCCAGAGGACGUAAGGCAACGUAACAUCAAGGAGGCAGAGAUUCUGGCCAGCAACCUGGCAGAGGGAGGGAUCAAUAGCCACGAGAUAAUAUCUGACGUAGCGCAACUCAAGUGCCUUGCUCUGCUACAAGAGAGCAUGGUAGGUUUAUUCAUAUAUUACCAGCUAUUCACUUUUAUUUAAGUGGGACACCUCGGU